GCAGGACUGCAGUCCCAACCCCGAUGACUGGCAAAUUAGCAGUAUUCUCCGUCUUAAUUCAGCAAUUGUCCAUUACCUUCAUUAGGCUUAAUUGCCUAAUUCAUUGUUUGACUUUUAUUGAUCCUUGUUGAAGGCGACACCAUUAAACGGAGCCUACACAACGUUUGCUAUUUUUGUUUCCAACAGUGAUUUCUAAUUGCUCGUGACCCUUUCAUAAUACAUACAUUUUUAAGUUGUCCUACUUUUAGUGGAAAAUGUGGACUUGGUGUCUUUUCUACGCUGUCUGUUCGCGUCACAUUGCUGUCGUGGUAACUGACGUCGCGGCUGUGGGCAAAGCAGAGCUACAGAGAGUUCGGAACCUCGCGGCCCAACCGCGCUACGGAGAAUGUUGGUCUCGUGCGCUGGAGAACAUAGACGCGCGCUGCAGAGAAUUCACCGCAGACAUGCAGAGUAGGAUCGCCCUGCUUUUCACGCACUGUCACCUGGAUAGAUCCGGCAGGUCGUUUCCUGCAUGUCCCAAAGGGAGUGAUGUUAGUUCCUGUACCAGAACCAUGGACCCUGUGGCCUUCAACACAUACACUGAAUUCUUCACCCAUGCCCACAGCAUAUGCCACUAUCUGCAGAGUGAGAGCUGGCAACAGCAGGCGGAGAACACCAUCCACAGGCUAACAGCCAGUUCUGCAGUGGUGGUGGAGCAGCUGUCCUCCACGCAGCGUCUGGCCAAGGAACUGGUGGAGGCCCAGGGCAUUGCCCUGAAGUCACAGCAGCUCAUCAUACGCAAUGGAGAGGAGCUCAAGAACACUCUGCACCAUUCAACCCAAGAUCCAUCGCCAUCGGACGAGAAGAAUGCAAGGGAUCAGGCAAAUGCUGUGAGGAGCCCUUUCCGUCUCCUUUCCUCAGGUAUCAGAGCCGUGUUUGAUGACAUGAGACAUUCAGCCCAGGAGCAGCAGGUCGCGUUCUCUGAGAUCUUCAACCGUGUUGCGUUCCUGCAGAGUUUCAUCAUGUCCGAGUCUCACACCCUAAGCAGUCUCCUCUACAACUCCCUCGGGUUCCUCGCAGCUUUUUUUCUCACUGCAACAUGUAGGACUGCCCCAGCCAGGUUGUGCCUGUUUGGUCUGGUGGUGCUCAAUGUGUACCUGGAGAGGGUGAUUUGUAGAGCUGUGUUGGACUCAUCAGACCCAGGCUACCAGCAGAUGGAGCGUAUCGGACUGUUGGUGGGUCUCCUCAGGAGGGCGAUGGUCUUGGGGGGUUUUCUGAUUCUGGUCUACACUGCUGUACGGUACCGGAACGUUACCAAGGAGAGCCUAGAGAUCCUCAACCAACUCAAAGAGACUCGUCUAAGUCUCCAGCUCGCUCUGCAUCAAGCAGAAUGUCUCUCUGAGGCUGUGGACCGGAGGGGUGAGGUCAGGGGUCGAAGGUCAGAAAAAGAACACAAGAGAAGGGGGGAGAGCAGAGAAGAGGACACUACCGUGCUGCUUUACCCUGCUGCCAGUGUCCGUUCACCUCAUGUGUCUGUCCCUGAGAGACCGUACAUGUCUCCCACCUAUGAUGGCUGGCAGCAGGGCAGCAGAGAAGAGACCAGGAUCCAGGCCCAGAGCACCCAGCUGAGUCCUGGAAGACGACGGCGCAGUUCUUCUAUCUCUCGAUGCACCUCGUCCUCCCCAUUGGUCUACAGCGUCCUGGUGGGGGAUAAGCAGACCCGCUACAACCUGAGGAACCGGAGGAGCUGUGCUGUGUUGGACCAGGACUGAGACGGACCGAGGAUGGGCGAAGUGAAAGUCAACGCUAGUGCUCUUCAGAGUAGGAUGGGAAUCACAGGAUUUAUGCUUGAACCUGAAUCUGGUGUUUAUUAGCCACUGUUUCGUCUAUUUUUAUUCAAUCAAAGAUCACAAACAUUGAGUUCAGUGACAGACAAUGAAACAUCUGUGCCACUUAUUCAGAAGAUAAUGAGUUGUCAUUUAUAUUCUACCCACCUGUCUGAUUCAUAGCAAUGAAGCAGAUGAUCAUCACGUGAUGUUUCAGUAAGGGAAUAUCGUGUGAUGGACAGUGCUGCUUUUCACAAAUGUAAUCACGUAAAGACUCUUUGAAUCUUGUGUAUUUUAAGUGUGUGUGUGUG